GAAUAGGUUAUAUAUACAAAAAUAAGUAGACAAAGUUUUAAAUAACAAAUCUUUAAUUAAUUAGAAUAUUAUUAUUGUUUUUUAAUAGUUUUAGUGUUAGUAUAAAUAGAUCUUUUCAAAUAUGUCUUCUAUUAAGAAAGCUUUGUUACAGAGUCCUGUGCCAUUUUUGGUCGCUAAACGAUUUCGUGGAAAAAUAAAUGUACAGAAACCUCGUAAGCCACAUUUUGAAAAGCAACUUUUGAUUGAUAUAUCAAAACCGUUCUAUGGUCCACCAAAAAAUUCAUUACCUGACAUAGACCUAUGUACAAAUAAGAAUCCUAAAUUUGUCAAAAGAGAAAUUGAUAAUCCAUUUGAAAGAAUUUUAGCUAAAGAAUGCUUGGAUUGGUUUAACACAUCUAAGAUGGUUGUCUUUCUACAUGUUAAUUCAAUAAGCAUGGAAGAUAAAACGCCGAUUUUCGCAGCAUUGAAAAAAAAUGAUAUGCAUUUAAGAACUUAUGGUAAAAAAAUAGUGAGCAUGGCCACCAAAGGAACACGUUAUGAAGUUGUUAAUCAAUUAUUUACCUCUCACCAAAAUGUUAUAUUUGGUCAACCUGAAAAUGCAGCAAAAAUGUUUAAAAUACUUCGGAAGACACAGCAAUUAAUUGUUAUGGGGGGUAUAAUUCAAGAUAAGUUAUUAUCAAAGAAUGAUUUGCUUGAAUUUAGUAAAUUGCCAAGUUUGGAUAUUGUAAGGAGUCAGCUUUGCUCUGUCCUGCAAAGUGCUGGAUCAUGUCUGGUAGGACAACUCAAUCAGAAUCAACAGAUGCUUGUAUCUCACCUCGAGAAACACAUAGAAAUUCAGUCCAAUCCCACUGAUAAUGCAAGUACAAGUAAAGAGAGUGAAUCUUAAAGUUUUACCCUUUUCAUAAAUACAAAAAUUAUAAUAUAAUGUAGUUAAAAAAAAUUAAAUUACUUGGAUAACA